UGUAAAAACAAUUAAUCUUGCUCAAAUCCUUUUAGCCAUUUAGCUUAAGUGUUGGGUUGUGCCUGCUCUCCUCUAAUUUCUUGAUCUUUGUCUCAAUUACAAGAUUUCUUUUUUGUGAUAUUACACACUGAUGCAUGUUUUGUCUUCUAUCUUAGAAGUUAACAGUACCUCACAAUCAACAGAUGUUGAACAACCUCACCACCCAGUUAACCACAGCAGACCAUUUUUCUAUGUUCAACCACCAUCUCAACCUUAUUUCAUGUAUCAAUGGCCUAUGGAUCCAUUUGGACAAUAUGGCUUCCCAGGGCCAGUUUUCCCUCUUGGACGCCCCUUUAUGGCUCCGUAUCAAUACAUGCAGUACCCCGGUUACGUGGUUCCACAUGCACCCAUGCAGCCGACUGAUUACAGAAGGGUAACACCCCUCUUUCCCUCCGUUGCCUCAUAUGACCUCCGCUUCCGUCAGCACUUCCAGCAGAUGAGUGUGCAUCGAGACACUACGUCCUCCGAAGCCCAGACAGAGCCUGGGGAUCCAGUCAGCAAACUCGCAGACAGCUUGGAUGGUCUCCAAGACAAUGAAAAAUCUGGAGCUGUCAAAGAAUCCAAUGUGAUGCUUUCCUCAACUCCUGCCAUAAUCUGCUACACUCAAGAGGUGGAGAAGUUGAACUAUGGAGAUGCUAAGCCUGCUUCUGAGCUUGCUAAGGCAGAGCAAGAUGAAGAGGUGAAGCCUGUGACUUUUUGUGAUUCGGCCGUGUACGACGCAGAGUCAAGCCCGGGACGACUGGAAGAGUGUGCACUGUCAGGUGUGCUUCCUCUGGACAGCUCUUCCAUCCAUGAGGAGGGUCAGGGAAUGGACGACCAGCUGAGAGAUACGGAGAUGGCAUGCUUGCAAAGUGUGAAAUCUGAUGGAAAUGAUUCUGAUGUUCUUGGCAAUAUGAAGAGUUUGAAUUUAGCUGAGGGCCAAGACUCUGGAGCUUGCGUUUCUGAGAUAAGUGAGAAGACUUAUCCGUUUGAGGUAAAGGCCUCAGACCAAGGCAAGCAAGCAGGGAAUUUGUCUCCCAAGUCUGUAGAGGUUGUGGAGCCUCCGGUGCAGACUGCUAUGGACAAUGACCUUCCGUAUCAAAUCCUCCGCUUGCCCUGCAAUAAGACCACCACUGGCUUGGUGCUUCAGAAGGAGGUCAAUCCCCUGGUGUAUUUGGAUACUGCAACUCCUCCGCUGCCUCCUAAACGACACUCCUUGGGCAAUGCAUACCCUUACAGCUAUUACCCUCAAGUUGCCCAGGAGCGUCAAAGUGUCCUCAGCCCUUCCUUAGAUGAGCUUUCUUCCAGGGACGAGAUGUUCUCCACAGACAUGGAAGAUGAACUCAUGGCCGGGCAAGUCUACAUAGGUGGUGGCAAAUUGGCUGAAACCAGUGCUGUUCCCACCCGUUCUGAUGAGGAGCACAGAGAUGAUGCUUGCUCGGUUUGUGCCAAAACAUGUGCUUGCUGUGGAGCAAGCCUACCGGACGAGGAUGAAACGAUCCUUGCUGAGCGCUUCAGCUAUCUGGAGAAGGACGUAGCACAGGAGCUCUCCGAUCAGGACUGUGAGUGUGAGCUAGAGGAACGUGGACAAGUCCCAGGCACCUGUGAAUCUCAGACGUUAGUGUUGAGGCAGCAAGCUUCCAGGCCUGCACUGCCCCCUUGUGGUCGGCAGACUGCCAAGCACAAAACCAGGAAGGUGCAGGAGGGAGCAGAGUUGAGUGAGCAGGACCAGGGACAUGGCAGAGGAGAAUGUGGAGAGUUGCUCCAUCCUCCUGCUAAAGCAGACAGGGUCAAGGGCAAAGGACAAAAGGGUGGCCAGUCCAGGUCUUUCUCAGAACAUCAGUGCAGAGAAGGUCGACAAGGAGAUGUAUUGGAUCAGGAAAGCUGGACCAGCUGCAGUGGCAAACAGAAGUCACGGUCCCAUAGGCCAGCCAAUGGGCUUCAAGAAAAAGGGAGACCUGGACGACGAAGGUCUUACUGCAAGAUGUUUGCUCAGCAGAGGCCCAAGAGAAAUGAAUACGAUGACAAUGAUGAGGCUGAGUUUUCCCACUACCAAAGGGGCAGAGGAUCUAUGAAAAGAAGAGGCACAAGAUACUAAAAGACUACAGUAAUGCACUGCACUAAUACUUGAAUGUAUUGCCUAAUAUUUAAAUGCACUUAUAGCACUGUGGAACACGUAAAAAAAAGCAUGCUAUUAUAAUAAAUGAACACUGGUAUUUUUGUGGGUUGUAACGGGUAAUUUUGUACAUCUUGCUGCACAUGACUGCAUUUCCAGAGCUCACACUGCUUAAUUUUGAAUGCCGUGCAUUCAUCCUUAGUCCUAUCUGACAAUGAUGUCUCUGGACCAUGUUUUGACAUGUUCGCUCAUGCCCAGGCUGUGGCUGGAUCUGGGAGGUGUGGACCCAGCCUUUGCCGAGAGGGCUUUGCUUAGCUUUGUCAAGGCACUGUCCAUUGAAACCAUGCUCAGUUUUUCAAAACUCUGGGCACUGGAAAUGCAGCAGGAAUGUGAUUUGCAGAAGA